AUGUACUCCUUUCUGUUUGGCGACUCCCUGUCCGAAAUCCGAUACACAGAGGACAUGCUGGCGGCCACUCCUUCGGGUUUCUCCGUGAAGGAGGAGCAGCUGAGCGAAUUGUCGGAUUCGGAUGACGAAGACGUUAUAGAAUGUGAAUGUGUAAGCGAUGCUGCCGUUGAACCAGCCGGUGUUCCCUCUUACUCGAACAUUUAUGGUGAUAUUAGUGAAAAUGGCAGUAAAGUGCGAUACUUCAUGGAUGGAGUUCCGAUCACUGCGAAAAUUGUGCACAUGGAACGGGAUCAGCACGUGAUCAGCAUUUUUCAUCCAAUAGUGUUAGUAUCUUUGGUGGUGCAUAUGUUUUUAAUACUAACACUUGUACAGCCUUUGUUUCUCCAGAAACUUGUAACCCUCUUCCUCUUUAUCACCUAUAAAUACUACGAAGCAGUGAGUCAUCAGACUACGGACAAACUGUUUCAUGCUGCGUAUACUGUGCAAGUAGGUUGUUGUUGAGA